CCAACCCUCAAAUCUCAUGUAUAAUUUGUAUGCAGGGAGAUCAUGAUGAGGAAUCAUGUAGCAGUAGGAAUCAAUCAGGAGGGGUGCAAAACAGCUCAGUAACCCCGAAACUUUAUGGAGGAACAACUUCUGGAGAUCCUUGGGAUGAUGGAAUCUAUGACAGCAUCAGAGAGAUCACCCUCGUUUAUGGUAACUGCAUCGACUCGAUCUGUGUAUCCUACGAUAGAAACGGUGAGCUUGUCAGAGGCGAAAGGCGAGGAGGUGAUGGAAGGCGAGGAGCUCCCCCAAGUUCUGCUGAGAUAAAGCUGGAGUGCCCUGAUGAGUUUCUAGUGAGUAUCAGUGGAUACUAUUGCGGGGUGACCUGGAUAGUCGGAGCCCCGGUUGUGUUAAGGUCUCUCAAAUUUGAGAGCAAUAAAAGAACAUUUGGACCAUUUGGAAAUCAAUUUGGGACACCCUUUACUUUUAAGGUAAAAGAUAGCGACAGAAUUGUUGGCUUCAAAGGAAGAAAAGGACGGUACCUAGAUGCAAUUGGGUUUCAUUCAAAACCGCCGGUACUUUAUGGAGGAAUGACCGGAGGACGUCCUUGGGAUGACGGAAUCUUUGAUGGCAUCAGAGAAAUCACCCUCGUCUAUGGUCAAUGCAUCGACUCAAUGUGUGUGGUGUAUGAUAAAGAUGGUUUGCCUGCUAUAAGCGAAAGGCAUGGAGGUGCUGAACGGGGCAGGGAUCUCCAUAAGCCCCUAGAUACGGUUCAGGUAAAGUUGGAAUACCCAAAUGAGUUUAUGGUGACUGUCAGUGGACACAUUAGUUGGGUGCCCUGGAUGAGUGGCACUCGGGUAGUACGGUCACUGAAAUUUGAUAGCAAUAGAAGAACAUAUGGACCAUUUGGAGUACAAGUUGGCACACCCUUCAGUUUCAGAGUAAAAGAUGGAGACCAAAUUGUUGGGUUGAGGGGAAGAAGUGGUUGGUACCUUUAUGCAAUUGGGUUUUAUACAUAGAAAAUUAUACAGCGCACCCGGGUGUAUUCACCGUCCAUUUUGACCCGCCAAAAAAAAAAAAAUUAACGGUGAAGAUGACGGGUGCGCCGAAUAGGCUCUCUACAUACAUCUCGUGCUCCCGAGAGAGGACUCUUCCGGAGGGUUAGGAUGGGUUUCAGGAUGCUUACGAGUCCCUGGUUGAAAUUACUAAACCUCUUACGAGUGUUGAAUGUACAUGUAUAAGCUUGUGAUCAGUUAUCUAUUCUAGCUAGUGUGUGAAGCAAUUGACUGUAUCCAUGUUAUCUGACCGUUAAUUUUUAGCAUAUUGCAUGUAUUUCUUUAAUUUGGUGAUUGUAUCCCGAGACCAAAGUUCUCAAAUACUAUCGCAAUGUCUGAU